AUGUUGGGACCGCCUCGACGCGUGGAUUACGCAGGGAUUGUCUGCGUUGUUAUGUUGUUGGCGAAGGUCUCCGUCUGUGAUACCGAGACUCAGACAGAAGUCCUGGACAAGAGGAGACUUGAGGAGUACUACAAAAAGGGUCAUUUCAUGCUGGAGAGUAGUGACCAGCAGAAGUGCAUCAGUGUGGGAGAGAGGAUCCUGAGGCUGGAUGACUGUGAGCGCCCCACCCGCCGCAUGCUGUGGAAAUGGGUCUCCAGACAGCAACUCUUUAACCUUGGCACUGGUCGAUGCCUGGGACUUAAAGUGAAUGCAUCUUACCCUCUGGUCAUGUUUGAGUGUGACACUUCAUACUCCCUGAUGUGGUGGCGCUGUCAGGACAAUGGUAUGCUUGGGCCGUUCACCUGGAGGCUGACAGUCACUGGAGAUGUAGUGACAGCUAAGAUCAGCUCCUACUACAACUGGAAGAGGUUUGGAAGUCAUAAUGAGGGGCCAUGCUCAUUCCCUUAUGAAGAAAUCUACACUCUUCUUGGUAACGCCCACGGAAGGCCCUGCACCUUUCCCUUUAAGUACAACAGUAAAUGGUACACAGAGUGUGCGACAGAGGGGCGCCAGGACCACCUGCCCUGGUGCGCCACCUCCACUCACUACGACCAGGACGAGCGCUGGGGCUUCUGUCCUGUCGACGAUUCGGCAUGUGACACAUUUUGGGAGUCAAACGCGGAGCUGCAGGCAUGUUACCAGUUCAACCUUCACACCAUCAUGACAUGGAGCCAGGCCCACACCUCGUGCCAGGCCCAAGGAGGCCACCUGCUCAGCAUCACCAGCCGCUCCGAGGUCAGAUACAUCAGAGAUCGUUUGGCCAGUGUUGGGGUGAGAGUGUGGAUCGGACUGAACCACAUCAAAGACAGUCAGGGAUGGCACUGGACGGAUGGGUCGCCUCACACCUUUGUCAACUACACAUCAGCGUUACCUGCAAAUCCAAUGCAAGUCAUGGGUCAGUGUGGUGUAUAUAACCCGGGCAGCGCAGACCAGUGGGAAGGGCUGGAAUGUGGGUCCGCUCUGCCGUACAUCUGCAAGAAAACUCCCAAUAACACCCAAACUGCAGAGCCACUGGAGAACUGGCAGUACAUUCCAACUGACUGUGACGAUGGCUGGUUGGCUCAUAACGGUUACUGCUACAGAGUGAUGGCUGAAGCAGAAAACUGGGACCAGUCUAAACACACCUGUGUGGAGCAUGCAGCCAACCUCACCAGCCUUCACUCCCUGUCAGAAGUGGAGUUCCUUGUUAAAGCCCUGCAAAACUUGACUGGAUCCAGUAGUGAGGUGUGGAUCGGUCUUUGGAAACAGGAUUCGUCUCCAGCCAUUGAGUGGAUAGAUGAUUCACCAGUGACAUUGGCACCAUGGCAUCAAAACCAGCCCCCACACAUAGUUGGGACUCUCUGUGGCACAGCAAAUGUGAAGGAGGGUAGCUGGUUUUUGAGAGCUUGUGAUUUGCAACGUCCUGCUGUUUGUCGCAAAAAAGGUGGUACGCCUGUCACUCCCUCAGAUUCAUGGGACGAAGGUUGUCCUGAGGACUGGAAAAGACAUGGCCACCAUUGCUACACAGUGACAAACUAUGAGCACAACUUUGAUGAUGCUGUUAGUGACUAUUACUGCAAAGGCUCUCUGCUCACCGUGGAAAACAAGUUUGAGCAGGCGUUUGUCAACAGUUUGCUCAGAGAGAAGGGAGCCAACAGCAGCUUGUUUUACUGGAUUGGCCUCAAAGAUCAUGAGGACAAGAGAGGAUACAGGUGGAUCGCCCAUAAUAACACAGAAGUUCCUCUCACCUUCACCAACUGGAACAAGCACCAGCCUGUAAGUGUUGGUGGAUGUGUUGCCAUGUCUGGGGGUCCUGCUCUGGGACAUUGGGAGGUCAAGCACUGUCAGUCUUUCAAAGCUUUGUCCGUGUGUAAGCGAAGCAUUGAGAACUACCAGGACACUCCCCUCCCUGAGGAGCACAAGGUCGCCUACGCCCCCUGUCCGCCUGGCUGGGACUCACAACCAGGGAUGCUGCACUGUUUUAAAGUCUUUCAUGAUGAAAAGGUCCUCAUGAAGCGUUCCUGGAUGGAGGCAGAUUUCUUUUGUCAGGCUCUUGGAGCAAAACUGGCCAGUUUCCAAUUCUACGAGGAGCAGCUGUUUGUCAAGCGCCUCCUCAGAACCAUGUUUGAAGAAACAGAAGGGCGCUGGUUUUGGAUGGGAUUGAACAAGAGGGAUCCGGAAAAUCCCUCUUCAUGGCAAUGGUCAGAUGAAAGUCCUGUUGUGACAUCGUUUAUAGAAGACAAGAACAGUGAAUCUAUCGGCGACUGCGCUGUGUUUAGUCACGCGACCAACAGCUUUGCACCGAAGCCAUGUGACAGAAAAUAUGAAUGGAUUUGUAAGAUGCACAAAGGUGAUCAGCUUCUAAAGCCAUAUUGGUACUCAGAGCAAAGUGAGCCCUGGGUGUUUUACCGCGGAGCAGAGUAUCUUGUGGCCAAGCAGCCGUUCAUGUGGGAUGCCGUGUCUCUGGCCUGUCAGAUGAUGGGGUCCUACCUUCUGUCCGUUCACUCCAGAGAAGAGCUGCACUUCAUCAAAGAGCGGCUGCGACGGUAUUCUCUGGGUCCGACUGAGUGGUGGAUUGGUCUUUCUAUUGGUCUGCCAGGAACAGAUGCCAGUGAAAGAUGGUCUGAUGGGACUGAAAUAGAAUUUCAGAACUGGUCAGAAGGUAUUCUACAUGCUGGCACAAAGAUGACUGGGAUGUGUGUCACCAUGUCCUCUUCUACAGGAAAAUGGUCCGUCGGACAGUGCAAUGAUCUCCAUGGUUACGUGUGCAAAAGGAGGAUUGUGUCUGUCCUGGAAACCCCCAGAGAGCCGCACUACAUUGGGGCUUGUCCGGAGAAAUGGCUGUAUUUUGGACACAAGUGCCUCCUGCUUCACCUCCCGGAGGUCCCUGAGGAUGGAAAGACUUGGACCGACGCCGAGUCCAUCUGUUCAUCCUUUGGGGGGACCCUGGUGGCGAUAGAGAAUGAAAUUGAACAAGCUUUCAUCACGAUGCUCCUGCAGGGAAGCUCAGUGGGAGUGUGGAUCGGCCUGCAGAACGACGACACUUCGGCCUGGACCAGCGGGAAAGCUGUCACCUACACAAACUGGUCCCCCGUUGAACCCAAGAGCCAUCUGACCAUAAAUGAGUAUGAGUGGCUUCAUGGAUUUGAACCUGAACUUGAACCGCAGUGUGUUGUCAUGUCCAAUAACCACAAUUUUCACCUGACGGGAAAAUGGUACGAUGAGAAGUGCAGCACGUCAGGCUAUGGAUUUGUCUGUCAGAAGCCUCAAGAUUCUUCUAAACCUCCCACUCAUUCAUACCGGCCACCGUCUGUGCGCGAGAAGAUUGAGUACCGUGAUCACAACUACCGUGUGGUGUCUGGGAACAUGAGCUGGUACGAGGCCAUGCAGUUGUGCUCAGACCGGCGCUCUGAGCUGGUGAGCAUCACGGACCCGUACCACCAGGCCUUCCUCACUGUGCUGGUCAACAGACUGGCCGCUCCGCACUGGAUUGGACUCUACAGCCGAGAUAGUGGCAUCAACUAUCAGUGGUCCGAUGGCAGUGACAUGGUCUACACUCACUGGGACAGCACUGAUGAAGAGGACGACUUUCUGACCGGAGACUGUGUUUACAUGGAUGUGAAUGGAGGCUGGAGGAGGGCCGACUGUGAAGCCACACUACCCGGGGCCCUGUGCCAUGUCCCAGAGCUGAUAACCAAGGCUAUGAGCACUAGUGAAGUGACGUGUCCCUCGACAUGGGUGAAAUUUAGAGGCGUCUGCUACAACUUUGAGCCCGUGGUUCAACGGCUGGCGCUGGAAGAAGCGCGGGAGCAAUGCAGGAAAAAAUUGAACUCCUCAGAUGUUCUGACCAUUGAAACUGAGACUGAAAACUUGUUUAUCUUGGAGCAGCUCUGGUCGCUUGGCUUUGUUCAUCAGGCCGUGUGGUUGGGCAUGUUCUUCAAUACUGACACUGAAAGUCUGUCCUGGGUGGAUGGUUCUGCAGUGGACUACACAAACUGGCCCAGUGUAACUCCAGACCGCAGUCAACUGUCCACAGACACAUGUGUCUCCACUAAAGCAGCUGACGGGGUCUGGUACCUCACGCAGUGCCUCCAGAAACUGGGCUUUAUUUGUAAAACAACCACAUAUAAAGACAUUGAAGUGGAAGCUGAACCAAUAAAUGGUUUACAUCACGGCGUUAUAGCUGCUGCAGUCCUGGUGGCUGUCAUUGCCUUCGCUCUGCUGGCUGGAGAUGUGCCUAUUUUGUCGGUGUAUUUUGUUCCCUUCAAAUCCGUAUUUCUCUUUGCCAACCUGGCGUCCUACACACCCCGGGGGAGGAGGGCUGACAGCUGUACGGAGGGAACAGCAGUAUUUGGCUUUAGCUGCUGCUGUUAUCUGAUCACUUUCGCUUUGGAGUUCACUUAUCGAUCGCCCUAUAUUUACCACGCUCCACACCCCCAGUCCGUGGACGUAUAUGAAUCCAGCUCGAAGUGGAAGUGGGCUUGGAGGCAGCGGAAAAUGUCCAAAUCCACACAUUUCUGUCUUUGUUUGUUGAUUGUGUGGGGGGUAACUGUGUUUUGGGGGCUUGGCGCAAAUGCACUUUCAACUUUCGAUGAUGAUGCCUUUGUCAUCCAGCAGCCCGGUUCAGACCAGUGCAUCAAGGCAGAAGCAUCAGGGGAGAUAACCCUCACCCACUGUGACAACUCUGGGACGUCCCAACUGUGGAAAUGGGGGUCCGGGGAGCGCCUCUUUCAUGUGGACACAACAAAAUGCUUAGCCGUAAACUUCCUCUCCAAGAAGCUGUCCCUGAUCGACUGUAACUCCGGGCCCGUCCUUUGGUGGAGAUGCAGGGACAAUUUGGUGUACACGAUUUAUCUCAUGGGACUUUCGGCAACAACGGAUGGAAAAAUUAUUGCCAAAAAGGAGUUUAAUGACACCUGGGUUCUCAAGGGGUCCCAGGACAACAUCUGUCAAAAGCCCUACCACAUUGUCCACACGACCAAAGGGAACGCGGCCGGUGCUCCCUGUGAGUUUCCCUUCAAAUACAGAAACAAGUGGUACCAUGAGUGCCUCCCCGAGCUGUCCAACCCCGGGGAGUUCUGGUGCGCCACAACCCCAGACUACAACCGCGACUGGAAGAGUGGGACCUGCCUGAUUCCUGAGGACGGUUGCCAGAUGUUGUUUGAGGGUCCGGAAGAGAACUCCUGCUAUGAGUUUGUCCCGUCGGCUGCUGUGACCUGGCAAAAAGCUCUGGACUCCUGUCGCAGUCAGGGAGGAGACCUGCUCAGCAUCACGGGCCCCGAGGAUCUGCACUCCAAAACCUUGUUGGAGGGCUUUGGCAGGAUGCCUGAGCGCAUGUGGAUCGGCCUCCAUCAGUUGGACUCGUCUCAGGGCUGGCAGUGGUCAGACGGCGCCCCUCUGUCCCUUCUCCGCUGGGAAGCAGGGAUGCCGUCCGCCUUCACAAUCCUGGAUUCAGAUUGCGGCGUCCUGAACACCAAUCAGAGCUACGAAGUCGACUCAUGUGACAUUAAGCUGCCUUAUAUCUGCAAGAAACCUUUUGAUGCCUCUAAAACUGCUCAACAGGAACCGCUGUUCUAUAAUGAAACAUUGUGCCCAGACGGAUGGGUCUCGUGGAGCGGCUGGUGUUACAAACUGGUGAAGGACAAACCACUAAACUUCACUGAGGCCUUGAUGCAUUGUAAUAACUCAGAAGAAGGAAGCUCUCUGGCCAGUUUUCACUCCAUUGACAGCAAAGAGAUGAUCAGCACUGGGUUUCAUAGUGAUCAACAGCUCAUGGACGUGAGGAUCGGUCUUAUUAGCAGUGGCACGCACCCUGCUGUUUUCAAGUGGAUAAACCAGGAGCCAAUCACCUUCACCUAUUGGGAGACAAACCAGCCCACCCAGCCCACCGAGGACCCCAGCUGUGUCUACUAUUCUGGAGAAUCUCAUAAAUGGAGAGUUGGUAGCUGCGCGGAGAGGUUACCGUUUAUGUGUCAGAAGAAAGGAGAGGUCCAAGACUUUGAAGAUUCAUCCUUGUGCCCAUUCAAAGACGGUUGGAGGAGACAUGGUAAUUCUUGUUAUCGGCUAAACACCAAACAAGUGCCCUUUGAAGACCACUGCAACUUCACCAUAAGAAACAGUUUUGAACAGGCUUUCAUCAACCGCCUAUUGGCCGAGCAGAUCACCCCAAAGAAUGAGUUUUUCUGGCUUGCUCUUAAAGACACAAACGGCAGUGGGGAGUAUCAGUGGAUGACCCCAGACAGCCCCGACGUCACAUACACCUACUGGGGCAAGACUGAGCCAGGUCGAGCUGAGGGCUGCGUGGUGAUCUCAACAGCGAAACCAAUUGGUGCAUGGAGAGUGGAGAAUUGUGACUAUUUCAAAGCGGGAACCAUCUGCAGAAGAGACUUGAGUCCUGCUCCGGACACUAAGCUGCCAGACAUCAGCACGCCUUGUCCCAGCGGCUGGACGUCAAGAGACAACAUCAAAAACUGUUACAAGGUGUUUCAUGCGGAGAGAUUGAGCCAGAAGCGUUCUUGGGCUGAAGCAGAGAACUUCUGUCAGGCUCUGGGUGCGAAUCUGGCCAGCUUCUCCCAUAUGUCCGAGAUGAGAGCCUUGCAUAGCAUCAUGAGGGAAACUAUCAGUGACAACAGAUUCUUUUGGGUAGGGUUGAGCAGGAGGAACCCCACCAGCCGCUCGUGGCAGUGGAGCAAUGGAAGCCCAGUGUCUCUGAACGUUUUGCAUGGAGAAUUCUAUAUGGAGGACCCCUACGGUCGUGACUGCACUGCGUUUAAGACAAUGAAAAGCAACUUGAAACACUUGUUUGAGUUUUUACUUCACGACCUCAACCCAAUACCUUUCCAUGUAACACCAUUUCACUGUGAUGCCAAGUUGGAGUGGGUCUGCCAGAUCCCUCGAGGAAAGACUCCAAAGAAUCCGAAGUGGUACAAUGCAGAGGGCCACCACGAGACUUCCAUCUUCAUCGAUAAAGACGAGUUCUGGUUUGUCAACGAGCCGCGUUUGACUUUUGAGGAGGCAAAACUUUACUGUGGAGAAAAGGGCAGCACACUGGCCGAACCCCCGAGUUUCACCGCGGCUAGACAAAUUCAACAAAAACUUGCUGAUGUCAUACAAAGUCCAUGGCAAAAGUGGUGGCUCGACAUGAAAGAUCCACAUCAACUUUACCCAAUGACAUACUCCCGGCUGUUGGUCUAUCACUCUCGUUUCCUGGGCAGGUGUUCAACCAUAAGGGCUCGGAGUGUAUUUCCAGAAUAUGACAUGUCCUGCAGAACGCGGCUGCCUUUUGUUUGCCAGAGAGUGAAUGCUACGUCAGUGGAAAUGAACCCGUACAAGGUGCAGCCUUCAGGAGAAUCGUGCGGCCAGUCUCUGUCUUUCAGGAACAAGUGUUAUAUUGAGAUGAAGAACCCCAAACCCAUAACGUUUAAAGCUGCAGUCGACAAAUGUGAAUCUGUGAGAGGGACUCUGCUGACUAUAACUGAUCAGGUGGAACAAGACUUUGUCACCAGCAUCUUGGCCACAAGGACAGACCUGAACUUCACUUGGAUCGGACUGAAGCUUCGGCCAAAUCAGCAGAAGUGGGUGGAUGAUUCGUCAGUGUCAUUUGUCAACUUCAACACUCUGCUGCACGGUAUGGUCAAGCCCAUCCCAAUCAACCAAUUUGACGUGGAGAGCAUGGACCUGUGUUCCUACAUGUACAACAACCCUCACUCUGACCUGAUGGGCUCCUGGGACUUCACUUCCUGUGGAGACUAUCAACCACUGGCCUAUUGUCAACACUAUGCAAAUCAAAUGGAAGAGCCUCAGGUGCCGUCUAAAGCCUUCAACAUUUCAAACCACACAGUUCUUCUCUUGCAUAAGAAUCUGACCUGGUUCGAAGCUCUGGAAAAGUGUCUUGAGAACCACAUGGAGCUAGCCAGUAUUUCUGACACCACACUUCAGGCCAGCCUCGUGGUGCACGUGAGCCACGCCCAGACGCCCAUGUGGAUCGGCCUGUUCAGUGAAGACGAGGGUGUCCACUACCGCUGGACAGACCACAGUCACACCUCGUUCAGCCGCUGGGAUCCUGAAGCUGCUGGAGGCUCCUGUGUGUACCUCGACACAGAUGGAUUCUGGAAAGCCAUGGAGUGUGAUGAAAAGCUGGGAGGAGCAGUGUGUCACAAGCCGCAUGAAGACACCAUCUCCACACCAGAUGAUGUUGCAGUGAAGUGUCCUCAUAAAAUCAAUGGUGCCAACUGGAUCCCUUUCAAAAACAACUGCUACUCCCUGCAGCUGGUGCCCACCAGAUGGGACCAGUUUGACAAAGGACAGGCCCGAGAGACCUGCAAAAACCUGCAUGAAGACGCUCAUGUCCUGACCAUCAGAGACGCUGAGGAGAAUGAGUUCAUCCGGCAGCAGCUUGUGCCUUUCAAAAGCCUCGUCCAGUUCAUCUGGCUGGGCAUCUUUAAAGACAACAAUGAUAAUCAGCUGAAGUGGUUUGAUGGCACCAAUGUCCAAUUUAAUAACUGGAAAUACGGCAGAGUGGACGAGACACCUUAUAUGGCUGCUCUAAACACUUUGGGAUUUUGGUUCUUUAUCACCAACAAAAACUACUUGCAGGAAUUUAAACAAAAGACAAUUGUGGCCUGCAAACUAGAAAAAGAUGAGAAACAAAAGUACAACUCGUCCAUCGCAGACCUCCAGAGCUACGGCAAUCUGUCAUACCAGGUGCUGCCACAGAAACUCUCCUGGUUCCAGGCACUAGAGGAGUGUGGGCGCCGCGGGGGGCAUCUGGCCAGCGUCCAUGACCUCCAACACGACGCACACAUCAGCCUCAUCUCCAGAGUGGACGGCUUUCCUCUGUGGAUCGGACUGUCCAGCCAAGAGGCUGGUGGUUCUGACUUUGAGUGGUCCGAUGGCACAGCACUGGACUACACUCCCACCAUCACUGAGGCAGUUGAGUCCAGCUCCAGUCCUGAGGCGCGCUGCAUUUACAUCACUCCGGACGGAAACUGGGUGAAGAGCAGCUGCACAACAAAGACCGAGGGCGCCAUCUGUUACACCACUAAUGUCACCACAGCCUCGCAGAGAGCCAAACUGCAGGCAGCACCAGCCUCUAACAGGUGUCCUCAGACAGACGGGGGCUCGUCGUGGAUCUACCACGAAGCCCACUGCUACGCCUUCGACAUGAGCUUCUACAACUACAGUGUGUUCAGCAUGGAGCAGGCCAAGAGCAUCUGCAACAGUCUGGAUGCUGAGCUUUUGACCAUAAAGACCAAAGAGGAGAAUGAGUUUGUGUCUAACUACAUCACCGACAACCCUCUUGUGACCAGCAGAGCCUGGCUUGGCAUCAGCCUUGAUCCUGAGGGUAAGCCUUCAUCCUGGCAUGAUGGCUCCGCUCUGGAGUACUCAAACUGGAAUCCGACUGCACUGGGCUCAGCAGCAGAACCAAACCAGUGUGCGGUCCUGUCUGCGGCCGAUGGGGGGACCUGGAAGAUGGUCCAAUGUGACACAAAACACAGUCGAGUCGUGUGUCAAACUCAUGCAAGUAAAGGCGCUCCUGUGGCUUUGGUCUUCUUCAUCCUCGUCCUUGUGCUGCUCAUUCUUGCAGCUGGUUUUGUUAUUUACAAGAAAAAGCGUGCAUACUUCACCACCACUGUGCGAUACAAACGGACUUUCGACCAGACGGACUCCACCAGCAUCGUCACUGAACAGGAGUGA